AUGUUUGCAAGAUCUAUUAUCAGAAACGCUGCUUUCAAGGCCCCAAUCAGAAGAUUCAUCUCUUUUGAUGCUGCUUCCCAACCAAGAGUUAGAAUUGGUUCUGUUGCUCCAAAUUUCAAGGCUCCAACCACCGCUGGUGAAAUUGAUUUCCAUGAAUACUUGGGAAACUCUUGGGGUGUCUUAUUCUCCCAUCCAGCGGACUUUACUCCUGUCUGUACCACUGAAUUAGGUGCAUUCUCCAAGCUACAAUCUGAAUUCGACAAGAGAAACGUCAAGUUGAUUGGUUUAUCCGCUGAAAGUGUUCCAUCUCACAAGGAGUGGGUUAAGGAUAUCGAAGAAGUUAUUCUUGGCGGUAAGAAGUUCACCUUCCCAAUCAUUGGUGAUGAAUCCAAGGAAGUUUCUUACAAAUAUGAUAUGGUUGAUGAAGACGGUUUCAAAAAGUUACAAGCAGGUCAACCUAUUUUCACCAUCAGAUCUGUUUUCAUUAUUGAUCCAAAGAAGACUGUUAGAUUAAUCCUAACUUACCCAGCUUCUGUUGGUAGAAACACCAGUGAAGUUUUGAGAGUUAUUGAUGCUCUACAAAAGACCGACGCCAAGGGUGUUGCCACCGGUGUCAACUGGGUCGAAGGUGACGACGUUAUCAUCCCACCUUCUGUUUCCAACGAAGCAGCAAAGGAAAAGUUUGGUGAAUUCAAGGAAGUCAAGCCUUACUUAAGAUUCACCAAGGCUUAA